UUCUUAAUCAUUUCUCAGCGUAACAACUAUUUCUGACCCAAACACACCAAAAAAAUAAACCGAGAAAAACUCAAGAAAUUUUCGAAAAAAAAUUUCGAAAUUCGUAAAAAGAAAGAACAAACGCGUUUUUUUGAUGUCAUUUGAAAAUAAAAUUUCUUUUAAAUCGUAACGCGGGUGUGUGGUUUAUUAUUCUUCCUCUUUCUUUUGUGUUUUUGUAAUAUUCAUCGUUAACUAAAUUAUUUCGUUGAGUGUAGUCAGAGGAAAAUAAUUUAUUAAACGUGUGUUUGUGUCUGUGUGCGGGUGUUUUAACUUCCUUCAGUUUUCGUCUUUCUGUCGUCUUUAACGUUUGUUCCUGUAUUCCUCAAUAAGCUGUUUUCUUUUUAAAAAUUUUUCCUACGGAAAAGGAUUAUCUUCAUUUUAAUUAAUUUUUAUUAAUUUUUUUGUGUGUUUUAAUUCUAAUUAAUUAACAUGGAUGAGCUUAACAAGGAACAAAUUGUCCUACUCCGUAAUGCUUUCAAUGCAUUCGAUCCGGAGAAACAGGGCUAUAUCAGUACCCAGAUGGUGGGCACCAUUCUCAGCAUGUUGGGCCAUCAAUUGGAUGAGGCCACUUUAGCUGAAAUUAUUGCUGAAGUCGAUGAGGAUGGUUCUGGACAAAUUGAAUUUGAAGAAUUCACUACACUGGCCGCCCGUUUCCUGGUUGAAGAAGAUGCUGAGGCAAUGCAAGCAGAACUCAAAGAAGCCUUCCGUUUAUACGACAAAGAGGGCAAUGGCUAUAUUACCACAGGUGUUUUACGUGAAAUUCUACGCGAAUUGGAUGACAAACUGACGAAUGAAGAUUUGGAUAUGAUGAUUGAAGAAAUUGAUUCUGAUGGUUCUGGUACUGUAGAUUUUGAUGAAUUCAUGGAAGUCAUGACUGGUGGUGAUGAUUAAAUUUAAGUUCUAUUCUGUUGAUAGAAUCAAACAAUAAUUUCCUGUUAAAAAUUCUUAAUUAUUUUCUAAAAACAAUAAGUUAUGUUUGCCCCACCAAUGAUAAAAAUUUACACUCUAGAAACAUCUUAAUUAAUAAAAAUAAUUAAUAAUAUUUAUCUUAAUAAUAACAAUAAUGAUAAACUAAUAAAAAAAAAUCUACAACUACAAACAAAA